AUGAGCAAAGACGAAAUAAUUGAACUGAAGAAUAAGACAAAGGAAAUGUUUUUUCACGCCUACAGAAGUUACAUGAAAAAUGCUUUUCCGGCAGACGAAUUGAUGCCCCUUAGUUGCAAGGGUCGCUAUCGUAACUCUGAACCGAGUCGGGGUGACAUUGACGAUGCGCUCGGUAACUUUUCGCUCACACUAAUCGAUAGCCUUGACACCUUCGGUCUUCUUGGCGGCCACGUAGCAGCGUUGGAACUGAAGGCAUCUCAUCCAAAUCGCAUGACCUGGUACGACAAACAGUUACUUGAAAUGGCCGUGGAUGCAGGCAACCGACUUCUGCCAGCUUUCAACACAUCAACCGGGCUGCCUUACCCACGGGUCAAUCUUAAUAUCGGCCGUGGAAAUCCGCGCCGUACAGAGGUUAGCCAGAUUUCCUCUAUUUUUCACCAAAAUGUGUACUUUUAUUAUCUCACCAGCCUCAUAGACCCAAAUAUGCCGCCCUUUUCUACUGCAGAGGUGUCGACUCAUUUGUUGUCGAAUGUCUACUUUUACCUUUUUAACACACAUUUUACGUUUUUUUGGCAAAAAAGCACGUCAAGCCCCUUCAAUAUCAGGGGAUAUACCGUUUUUGAAUUCUUUCUUUUCAGUGGACUUCCGUUCUUUCCUAAUGCACCUUUUGUCGGAGGUGAUAUACCUGAUCUCAGGUUCACUGAUUUCGUAGAAGUCUUUGUUGUACGUCGGUCACCAUUAAACCUCAUGACACCAUGUCAUAUUUCCUUACAAAAACGUCCGCGUGGACCAACGUGCUCCGCAGCCUAA